CCCCCGAGUUUACUUAUGCGGCUUUUUGAAUCGUGUCAUUUUUCGCCCGCUAUAGCUGUGAAAUAUCUCUUUUCGAUCUUAAGAACUCUGUUUUCUCCAGGAAAGAAGCUGUUCUCGUUCAGUCCUUCUGACAUAGAUUUCUUCGUACCACAACUGAUUUACAUGUAUAUUAAUGACAAAGAUGUUGCGAAUGCAAUUCACCAAUAUAUCGAAGCCAGGUUAAUUGUUAACUGGACACUUUCUAGUUUUGUGUUCGAAACACUUAUCUCUGUGACUCACUGUCUCUACCGUUGGAUUUUAAAGUAUGAGCUCCUCGUUCUGAACAUGCACUUGCCAGCUCGUGUCUGGAUUCCAUUAUCAGAAAACCAUAUAGUUCUCAACAUUCCUCCAACAAAUGGUUGUGUAUUGAACAGUAAAGAUAAGAUGCUUCAUCAUCCGGAUGAUCCCUCUGCGUCAACGAUGAGUGAACCAUGGGAUGAGAAGAAGGAGCGCAUUCGCCAAGCGAGCCCUUAUGGCGGAUUAAGUGGUUGGGAUCUUUUUCCUGUAAUCGUAAAAAGCGGUGACGAUCUUAUGCAAGAGCUUCUCGCUUAUCAAUUAUUAGUGACAUUGAAGGAAAUCUGGGAGGAAGAAGAGGUUCCAUUAUUCCUGCGGCCUUAUAAAAUUGUCGUUACUUCUCCGAAUUCAGGAAUGAUCGAACCCAUUGUAGAUGCAUGCUCUUUACACCAGAUCAAACGUAAUCAGUGUGCCGUAUUUCGAGCGGAAGGAAAAACCAUGGAACCAUCUCUAGAAAUGCACUUUAUUGAAUCAUUUGGUCCUAAGAGCUCCUCGACUUAUUUGAAAGCACAACAAAAUUUUGUCCACAGUUGUGCCGCAUAUUCACUUGUUUGUUACUUUCUGCAGGUAAAGGACAGGCACAAUGGAAACAUCCUAAUUGACGCAGAAGGUCAUUUGAUCCACAUUGAUUUCGGUUUUAUUCUCUCCAUUUCCCCUCGCAACCUUGGAUUUGAGACAUCACCGUUUAAACUCACUUCGGAAUUAAUUGAUGUUAUGGGUGGCAUUGAUUCUGACCUAUACAUUUACUUCAAAACGCUUUUACUGAGAGGUAUCAUCGCAGCUAGAAAGCAUCAUGAGAGAGUGAUGACAAUAGUGCAGAUCAUGUCUAAAGGUUCUUACCUUCCUUGUUUUCGAGGUGGUACGGCUAUGUUGCGUGCUCUUAGGGAUCGAUUUCACAUGACCUGUACUGAUAUUGAGCUACAACGAUUGGUCGAAAAUCUGGUGGAACAGAGCCUUGAUUCAUUAACAACUCGCCUCUAUGACAAUUUUCAGUACUACACAAAUGGUAUUUUAUAA